AAAAUUUAUCCGGGGAUGAGUCGAUGAGAUGAAAAGGCGUACUUGAUACAUGGUUGGUUAAAUACUUAAGUUACAAAAGGAUAUUUAUACUGCAAAGUGAAGCUGAGAAAGAGAGAGUGAGAAUGAGGAUUGUAGGAUUGACGGGCGGAAUUGCGUCGGGGAAGAGUACGGUCUCCAAUCUUUUUAAGUCCAUCGGGAUUCCUGUCGUUGACGCCGAUCUUGUUGCUCGUGAUGUUCUGAAGAAAGAUACUGAUGGCUAUAAUAAGGUUGUUGCAGCAUUUGGAGAGGAUAUCUUGCAAGCUAGUGGAGAAGUUGAUAGGGCAAAACUUGGCCUAAUUGUGUUCUCUGAUCCUGCAAAACGUCAACUUCUUAAUCGGCUCUUGGCUCCUUAUAUAUCCUCUGGUAUCUUUUAUGAAAUUUUGAAACUAUGGUUGAGGGGGUGUAAGGUGAUUGUCCUUGAUAUCCCUUUGUUGUUUGAGGCCAAGAUGGAUAAAUGGACGAAGCCCAUUAUUGUUGUAUGGGUUGAUACUGAAACACAGCUUCAGCGACUCAUGGCAAGGGACAGAAUCAGUGAGGAGGAUGCCAGAAAUAGGAUAAACGCUCAGAUGUCGUUGGAUCUAAAGCGAAUUAAAGCUGACAUUGUCAUUGAUAACAGUGGCUCAUUAGAGGAGUUGGAAGCGCAGUUUCGGAAGGUAGUAUUCCAGGUUUCUAGGCCCUUGACAUGGACUGAAUUCUGGCUUUCAAGACAGGGAGCCUUCACAGCUCUGAUUUCCAUUAUAAUUGGAGUAGUUGCUGGCAAAAAAGUUUAUGGGAUAUCAUUAUAGAAAAUGUUAAACUUGUAGUGCUUGAUACUUUCAAGCAUAUGUUAUUUAUUAGAAAGAAAAAUUUCAGAGUAUUUAAGAUCAAGUUAUGUGUACAUCAAGCCAAUACCCGUAACUUUGAAUUAUUCUUGGAAUGUGAUAUUCACAAAUUGAUUG